AUGGGCAGCGGAAACAGCAAGCCGUUCCGCAAAGGCAAAAAAUCGAGAAACAAUAACAAAAAUAACCAGAGCAACAUGGUUAUUGGUGCACCCCAAGAUGUCAUAACACACAUCCCACGCAACAGACUCGACAAGUACGGCAACCCGGUCCAACAAGUCACUCGCGACAUUGACCGCGGAACCUUUUCGGCUGCGCUUCAGCAUGUGUCAGAUUACAUUGCCAGCCGUCGGCAGCAUAUCACCGUCGUUGCUGUCGGCGGCGCCGUCAACAUUCUGCAUCUGCGGUCUCGCGCUACCACGCACGACUGCCCAGCAGCCGUUUCCGACUCUACCGAGACGCAGAUGUGGAUGCCCGGCCCGAUACACGAGCACCUCACAGCGGCAUCUAAACAACAGAAUGUUGUGGUGUUUAACGGCGCCGGGUUGACCAUUUACGCGGCCCCAUGGGAAUAUGCCUUUUCUGCCAAAGCCAGCCGCCUCAUCAAGGGCGGAGAGCAAGUGCGCUCCUACGACCUUGCCGACGCCGUCACGUAUAUCCAUCAGUACAUCCUCUUGCACGGCAACCGCCCGGUCUCGGUCGACACCGUGCUAGGCUGGGCCCGGCAGUACAAACACGAAACCAGCAAGAGUUUCUGCGCAAUCGCGUGGAUCCCGAGUAUCAGCGACUGCACAGCGGUCGCCAUGCUGUUGUUUGAAAUGGAUCUGAGCAGGAGGGGUCAGUCACGUCGUCGGAUUUCAUUCAUCGGGUCGUUACUCGGAAUUGUUUAG